CUCUCUGGGCAAGAAGUAGGAAGCUCGGCUCCCUGCCGGCAGACCAGUCACCACCGACUCACCAGACCUACGGCCGCCUAGCGACAUGGCUCUACAGUUGGCAUCACUGUUCAGGAUUGUUGAUGGCAAGGAGGUGUGUGUAGCAGUGUGGGAAAAGGGGGUGAGAGGGUUGAUAGAACGAGGUCAGAGCAAAGCAGGAACACUGGGACGGGGACGCCAGCCCUCCUCUGGGUCGGCCAGCACAAACAGCAGCAGGAUGUCAAAACCACCAUCGGACAAAUUGCCGACCUUCAAAUUGGUAGUGGUCGGGGAUGGUGGUGUUGGUAAAUCGGCACUCACCAUUCAGUUCUUCCAGCGGCUGUUUGUGACUGACUACGACCCCACCAUCGAAGACUCGUACAUCCAGCACACAGAGGUUGACGCUCAGUGGUGCAUCCUUGAUGUUCUGGAUACAGCAGGUCAAGAGGAGUUUAGUGCCAUGCGGGAACAGUAUAUGCGGAAGGGAGAUGGAUUUAUGUUGGUUUAUUCAGUCACGGACAAGCAGAGUUAUGAGAACAUUCAACAUUUCUACACACAGAUACUCCGAGUCAAGGAUAGGGAGUCAUACCCCAUGCUGUUAGUGGCCAAUAAGGUGGACUUGGUACAUUUGAGGAAAGUGUCUGAAGAGAUGGGACGAGAACUCGCCCACAAACUCAACAUUUCAUACAUUGAGACCAGUGCCAAGGAUCCUCCAUUGAAUGUUGAUUCAGCCUUCCAUGAGGUUGUCCGUAUCAUCUGUAACUCCCAACUAAUUGAUGGCCCCAAGAAGCACAAAGUCAAGACUACUAAAUGCUUGCUUAUGUAAGAGGCUCCUUUUUAAAAUUUAUUUAUUUUUAUAUAUGUUUAUUAUUGUUUUAAGUGCAGGCUCCCACAACCAAUGAACUAACUGAUACUUAGUUUGAUAGUGAUUUUGGAAAUGAAAUAAGUACAUUUGUGUAACUAUGGACAGGUAUGUAGACAUAGGGAAACAAGUGAACAUGGCAUAUUUUGUUCAAAUAUAUAAGCCAAAUAUACACAAUUUACCUAACAUUAUACACUAUUAUUUUUACACAGUUUUUUGGUUUCUUAUAUAAAUAGAGACUUCACACCAAAAUGGAUUCAAGCCUAGAGCUUCUUUAAAAUUUCUAAAGGGAUUCAAGCCUAGAGCCUCUAAAAUUUCAGUGACCAUUAGUAGAUGGUGGUACAGAAUACUGUUCAGUGCUCCAAAUAUUUCCAUCAUCACUUAUUAGACUACCUCUUUAAGUGCUGUCAUACAAAUAUAUUCCAUCAUUUCUUCUUGCAGUGGCAUCGUUCUUUGUAAAUUAAGUCUAUACUACAUCUGUGUGUAGUAAUAUUUAUAUGCAGAGGGAUACAGGACAGGUACUGUAGUUUUUGCCUUCAUCUUUGUUAGGAUCUGAGAACAAAACAUAAAUGAGUGAAAAAUAUGUUGUAUAAAAAGAAUUUACAGAGAAAUCAGUGAACAUGGAAGUGUGUAAGCUUUUCUGUAGCUGAAUUUUAGAAGGGUAGGACUAAGUAUAUGAAUAUGGUGAAUUAACUGCAGUUGUAACUACUAAUUAGUUUUUUUUUUUACAAUUUCAUUUUGUAAGGUGACUGGAUUUGAGAGGCAGUUUGUUUGGCAGAAAAAAGAAAUUGUAAUUACUAUAAGAAAUUCUAAUGGCAACAUUGUUUCCUUACAAUAUAACAUUGUAGUAGGGUUCGGCUUUAUUUGUAAAGAUUUUAACCCACUUUUGCAGGAAUAUUGGCAUAAGGAAAAACUAGACGAACAUACAUCUACUGUAAUUGCACUAACUUGUGAUAGUGGAUUUACACUAAUAGGCUAUUGGAUACUGUGUGACAUAUAAUUUUAUAAUACUUGUUUCAUGAAUACUUGUUUCAAAGCAGGUGAUUGCUAAGUCAGUUUUAAUCUUACAUUUUCUUUUGCCAAAGAUACAGUAUGAAUUCUUAACAUUUGUGUUACAUUGUUAUUAUUAUUACUAAUUUUAGCAACCUUAUAGCUGCUACUUAUUGCACAACAUAUAACAGCACACAGGGCAUUAUAAAGACUGUGUUCACUUUGACUUCAUCAUAUGUGUAUGUAGCAUAUACCUACGAAUGGUCACUUAAAUGUAGCCUCAUAGAAUUUAUAGGAAAAUUAGAUAUACUACAUUACAAAAGAGUUUAAGGUCUGUAUCAUAUAUUCGGUACAGAAACAAUUGGUGAAUUUACUAUCAUUCAUGUGUAUAUGAAUCAUUGUCAUAUAUAAAUAUGGGUAAACUUUCUGUUAGUUGUAUCAAGUCAGGUCUUUGCUGAAGGAGCUGUUGAAAUUUAUUGAAUGAGUUUAAAGUGGCAGAUGUAAAGUUUUUUUUUUUUUUUUUUUUUUUUUUUUUUUUGCUGAAAACCCCUUGGGAUUUUUUUCAAGCUAGUCAUGUACUGAUAAAAAAAACUGAUUGUCUCAAGUUUUCUGGUGUAAAUGUGUAUUAUUUCUUGAAGACGACAAAGAAAAUUUCAUAAAGUUAAAUACUUCUUAGUGCCAUUGAGGCUACUGCUAUUCCCUUCUGUUUCUUAAAUUUAAACGUGUCAGUUUUUAAGGAUUAUCUUUCAGUUCCUCUAGGAGUAAAUAAAUAAAAAUUAAGGCUUUCUUUUCAUAUAAAUUUAAGUUAACUAGUAAGGCUGAGGAACUAUGUACUAUAAGGUCAAUUUCACAUAGUAUUGAACUACAAACAUACAAGUGGUGUAAUGGAUAAAGAAAUUUUAAAUUACGUAGCCUACAGUUGCAUUUAUUUUGUUCUGUGGAAAAUUGCAUACAAUUAGACUUGUUGAAGGACUUCUUUGUGAGAUAAUAAUAGUAAUUAUGUUAAUCCUAUACCAUCCACACAAUCCCAGGCUAUGUUCUGGCAUAUAUGUUUGCCAGGUGAUUUAUCUGUCCUCUUUUACUUUACUCUCAUCCAAAUUUGUAAUCUCGUUUUCAUGUUCAGUAAUAUCAGUAUGCCUUGUGGUACUGUCACUGAGUUGAAUGCAGUGUUUUAUUUCUUCAUAAAACAGCUAUGAAUAAUAUUUGAGAAGUAUUGUUACUGAAUCCAAGUGAUAUUCUACAAGUAUAACCCAUGGCUGAUCUUUUCUUUCUGUCGAGUAGUGUGCAUUGGUAAUCUAGAUACAGAUUUGUUGUACAAUAUAUGUGUUCUGUACAUUUAUAUUUUUGAACAUGUUUAUUAUUCAAUAUUUAUACAGGGACUCCCACAGUGUACAUUUUAUAUCAGUAAGUUACUUUGUAUAUAUGAAGAAUUAAAGCAUGUAAAAGAAGAAAGCACUGAGUGAAAGAGCAGAAUAACCUAGAUAUCAGAGUUGUGAAAAAAAUCAAAUGGACUAGGCUAGGGUAAACUAAUGUAUAAGUGAAAAAGGGAGAGAUUAAGUAAAUAUAGAAAUUUGAGUGAAGAAUAAAAGUUACGAAGCAAGUAAAGACUUGUAAAGCAGAAUAGGAGAACAGAGAAAAUAUGUGAACAGUAUAUGUAUUGAACAGACAUCAAGCACAGAUACACAAAAUAUUGUGAACAUACCAUUAGCAGAACUUUGGACUUGUACCAUUGUCAAGCUCAGCCUCACCAUUCAGAUCAUCUGUUCAUCUUCAUGUUGUAAUGAAAGUAUUAAAGAUUGAUGGGUGCAAAAAUCGGCUAAGGGUUGCAUUGUUAAUUUCCGUAAUUCUUUUGCUAUUACCCUGAUCAUAUGGGAUCUUACAGAAUUUAUCGAUGAGAUGCAUAAUAAAUCUGUAUUAAGGAGGUACAAGAAGUUUAUUAAAAAAAAAUAUUCUAUUCAAGUUAAAAUUACUGAUUCAAAUGUAUUAUUAGAUCAAACAAAACCAAAUUAUCACCACUGUUGAUCUACUGAUUCGUAAUAAAAGUUCAAAGAAGGUUUUCAGAGCAUGGCAACUUAAUUUUUGCACGGGUUUAGUGAGAUUGUUGUCCAUUAGGCAAACUGUCCAGUAUAUAUUGUCUGAGUAACAUGUAUGUAUAUAAAUACUGCCAAUGUUAUUUCUGCAAUAUUUUUUCAGUUGAUUGAAAAGUGUUGAUCAGUUGUCUAGUUUGUGUCCAUAAAAAUGGGCACCAAGAUAGCUAAACAAAUACAGGUAUUACAGUUGAUGCAACCUUUUUGAGCUUGUGAGCUUGACAAGGUCUUAGCCACAGCCAGGUCAUAAGUUAUGGUUUCAAAUGUUUGUAAUAAUUUGUUUACCUCGUCCUUAGCUUGGGUUACUGAUCUUGAUGCAUCUCUGUUCUCUUCCUACUUUGUUUUCCCAUAUCAUUUAUUUUUAGCUUUGUUUCACACUAUUUAUUUAAUUGUUUGCUAAACUUUUUAUGACAAUAUAAUACCAGAAAAGUUCACAUAGUAGUGUAUGCUUUAUGGAAUGAUGAAUAUCACUUAUUGGUAGGGAAUAUAAAAAGAGUAGGCAUUAAUUUCACUCAAGAUAUUCACAAUCAGAAACAAUAUGAAAACCAUUAUAUUUUUAUUGGGGUGUCUAUAUAUCUGUCUGUAAGUCUGUUUGUAUGUAUAUGUAAAUGCACAUAAAUGUGCACACAAACAUCACAAUUUUUGGUUUUAUGGGAAAAGCGUAUGUUGAUAACAUAGCAAUCUGUGUAGUGCAUCUUUAAUGUUUUUUGCUUCAGAUAUCAAGAUUUCUUUUAGCGAAUUCUUCUUAUUAUUAUUGAUUGAAAGGAGACCCUCGUUUGAACAUAUGGGUGAAAAUUAUCGCUUCUUCAGCUGAAUUUAGUUAUGAUAUAUUUUUUCACACUUUCUAAUUAAUAUUCAUGCUGUUACUCUGGUGUGCAACUGUAACUGGCCAAUAUUCAUUUCUUCAUCCCCAAGGAAGGGUACAAGUGCUCUAAGGAUUCCUUCAACAAGGAAAUCAGGAGGUACAAAAAUUUUGGGAAGGGAGAGAUCCAGGUGGAAAGGGUGGGUCAUCAGUAAGACUUUUAAGAUAGUAGUUCCUCCUACGGCAUCUAGUAAAUUAUGUUUGUCAGGCUCUCUUGAUUAUGAUCACAUUGAAGUAUUGCUUUGAAGGCUGAUAAAGGGUGUUGGGUCUUGCUGCUUAUCACCAUUGUAUUGUGAUGAACAUUAGGUGUAAGGACCUCAUUUAUCUGCUCAGCUUGGUAAGUUGCUUUGUGGGUACAGCAGUCAACAGCACCAACCAACAUUCAGGGAGGCCACACUCAGCCUCUACUAUGAAGACAGAAUGUUUAGUAAUUACUUGGAGAAUUGAAAAGCUCAAGAAAAUAUCACAAACAAUGUAUCCCUGACUUCAGAGGUCUGGGUUGACUAGCAAUCAACAGAACACUUAUAUCUAAUUUAUUACCAAACUAAAUGAAUAACAGAUAAAACAUGAAAGGUAACCCUGCCCACUCCUCUAGGAAUCGUUAAAAAUAAAUAAUAAAAGUCUACCAAAGCAAAUGCCAUGAGUGUGGAUGCCCUGCUCUUAUAGUGGGAUGACAACAUUGCAUCUGGUAGAGUGGAUCUGCCACUUCCAAAAAAUGGCCAUCAGUAAUUGCAUGAGAAUUGUGUACACCACCAUCAUCACUCAUGACUCCAUUUUCACAACAUCGGCAAUGCCCAAUGCAAGAUGAAUACAGAUAUUAUAGAAACUGUCCCGAAGUAGAAAUCUGACUUAAGUAUUGCAGGAAAUGUUUCCUUAUAAGUAUUUACAUGCUGUCCUAACAAGAUCAUGCACCUAGGAGAGAAAACAAGUAACAUGCCUAGGAAGGGAUCCCUACAAGCAGAGAAAGUCACUUUAAAACAGGCACAAGUCAUGUGAUGACAUACACAAACCUGACAACUGUAUGACACUCAGAAUGACAAACUGUCAAUUUUUAACCAAUCUGAUGGCAUAAAAACUGCAUGUAUAUUUUAGACCAACAGAAUGGUACCUCAUUGUGUAAAAGCAACAAAACCUGACUCCCUUGAUCAGUUCACAACACCACCGUAUGUGAUCAUACUCUGGAGACCUGUGCCUUCCAUCUGGAUCUUGCCAGCAUGAAAUUUUGUUCCUAAUGUCUAUUAAAGGAAUCAUUACAGUACUUUCAUCCUUUCCCAAUGAUGAAGAAAUUUAUAUUGCGGAGUUACUUGAAGACCAAAGUAUCAGUGAUAAAAUAUUGAGUAGGAAGACUGAUAAAUAUAUUAUAAACUAAAUGCAGCUGAUGCAAAAAUAAUUUACAACACAACGUAUUGUAAUUAUUAUUUUUACUUUUAUUGUUGUAAGAAGUCAUGAUCAUGGAGCCAUUCAUUCCCUUAUGUUUGAGUAAGACUUCAGUAACUAUCGUAAGAUUUGUAUUGUAUUUGUAGAGGUAAAUACUAAAUGUUGUCUUAUGUUUCAGCUAUAUGUUGAUCAAGUGUAGUGUUACUUAAAAAAAAAGUUUAUAUACGUUGAUAUUAACUUAAGCUUUAAAUUAAGUUUGUAACCCAAAUCUUUCAAUAUGUACCAAAGAAACAUGGAAGUUGUAGACAUUCGUUUUCCAUGUCACCUUUAUUAUUGUCAUCAUUAGCACUCGUUUGUGGACAUACAUCCUCUAUUCAAUUUAGCACCAUGGAUGUUUUUCAAUUGAUUUUGCAGAUAUAAUGGAGGAAUAACAAGGUAGAGGCUUUCUAUGCUCAAAAUAGAAGCACAAACAAAAUGCCUUGUAGGGCAUAUGAAUAAGUGCUCAAAUUCAGAUUUAAUUUUAAUUAAAAAGAAUUUAUUUACAAAUGCUUCUGCAGUCUCCAAGGCUUACGUCUUAAUGCUGCAGUGCACUUAUUGUAUUAGGAUAUUUUGAAAGUGCAAAAUCUUCCAUAAGCUACAUGAAGGAAGUUUUGUGAAUGUAAUGAAGUUCAUUCCUGGCACCAUAACUCAAAUGACUGAAACACCUAUCCUUUGCUGUGUUGAAGUCCAUGCCCGAUUUUAAAACAGGACCCCUGCACCCUCACGACUCCCCCCUUGAGUAGGUGUGAGGGGCUUGCGGAUAUGCUUUGACACAUCCAGUAAUUUACUGUUAGUGAAAUACAGACAUGUAUCAGUAUUAAAAUAUACAGUGUUUAUAUUUAUAUAUAUGCAUAUACACAUUAAGAGUUUGUACAUGGUACAAAGCAUGUAUUACACAGGUCAUACAUUUGUAAUGUAGACUGCAGGCAUCCAUGUACAAACACCUAUGUAACCAACUUCCAAAUAAGUGUGAUGAAAAUUUAGCCAUUGGUCUGUGUAUGUGUAUUAACAUGUUUGCAUAUUAAUUUAAUUGUAUGCAUAUAUAUUAUAUAAUACUUUUCAUACUGUACAUGUGUGUGUGUGUGAAGUUAUUGACAAGAAGCAGCAUAAUUUUGAAUGGAUAGCAUUAUUCGAAUAUAAUUCCUAAAUUGGAAUCUGCCUCUUCGUUGAUAACUCGCAAAUUGGUUGUUUUUUUGCCCUUUUUGUUAUAGUGCCAGUAUCUUUUCAUUUGUUAAUUAUUGUGUGACCAUUGGUAUGUAAUGAAAUGGAAAAAAGUAUAUUCAUGUAUUUUUUUUCAACUGAAAAUUAGGUAAUAUUAAUGUACUUUGAUGUAUGAUAUUGGAGGAAAUUCAAUUAAAUACUGCAAAGUUAUGACCAAAAAGAAGUAGUACUUAUAGAUUCAAACAUGCAGUUGUAUCAGAUCUCAUUGUGUCGAUAAAAAGUCAUAUGCACUGGAAUUUAAUACUGGCUUUUUAAGGCCAAGAAGAUUACAGACCUAUCAAUAAUUUUUAAAGUUAUCCCAGUUGUGGAUAAGGCUUUUUCUUUUUUCAGGAGUAUAGACAUUAUUUGCACCUCCCUCUGUUAUCCUCACUCCUCACUGCCUUCCAGCAUCAUAUCCCCCGUAAGGCUGGAAGGAAGUGAGACCAAAGGAGGAGAUCUUCAAAUAAAGCAAGUUGUUUUCUUUGGAAGUGAGACUAAAGGAGGAGAUCUUCAAGUAAAGCAACUUGUUUUCUUUGAUCUUGUUUUGAUUUUCGUUCCCACUAGGAUAGUAGAAUCCCCAGUCCUUGAGAACUUUGUUGUAAACUAUAUUUUGUGAAGUAAAUGUUGUCUGGAUGUUCCAGAUGCUACAUAAAAAUCUAGAUAUAUUACAUUUAAUGAAAAAUGUUAAUUUAGUACGUAUGUCCCUGAGCAUUUAACUUGGCCUAGUUAAGUUGUUGCUUAAAUACCCCCACAUGAGCAUCACCUUGCUAGGCCUUUGUCAGUUAUUGCUCAGGGAAAGUGGUGGUGUGUCAUUAGGAUGUAAUUAAAUGUCUAGAUAUGUCAUUGCUGUACAAAAUGUCUUGAAAUGAUUCAAUGUUCCUUUUGUCAGUAGUCUUGACUCUUGUCAUAAGUGUUCUAAGAUCAUCAUAUAUUACGAUUGUUUAUGAAUGCACCUGAGGCUUUGAAAUGCCAAGGUCUCAAGAAGGACAAGGUUUAUGGAGCUCAACAGAAACUCCUUUUCAUAACUUGUGCUGCAGACAUUCAGUGCAACUAAUUAAUUAAAUGUUACAUUGUGCAGUUCAUUGCAAAUCCACUGAAAAGACUUGGAGUGAUAGUAGAGUGGAGUGUUGUAGUGGUUUUGGAAAAAGUCAAAAGUGCAUAUUAUUGCUGCAUAUUGUGCUGUGCUAAGGGCAUUUGAGUUCUAAUUGUAUUAGAAGUUGUAAAUAUGUUGUGCGUAUGGAUAAGCCGUGGAAGAUCGAGAUUUAUGCGUAUGGACAAGUUGUGGAAGAUUGAGAUGUACAACGCUAGGCUUCAGAAGACCAGAAGGAUUCAGUGUACUGCAAUGGACAUGAUUCAUACACCUGAAACAAGCAAGGUGUCGAGGUUGUAGAUGUUGAAAUCCUACAUAAGGAAUCAUGUAUGAGAUUGUGUUACCAGUGCAAACUGGAGUUAGCUAUCAGUCCUUUGGUAGCUUGGCAGAAAUAUUGACAGUAUUAACAAUUGAAAAUAAAGUUUCAGUUGGUGUAUUUUAGCCUAAAACUCGUCAGAAUGCCAUUAAAAUUAAAUGUUGUAUAA